AUGGCCCCUGCACCCCCUCUGAUGCAGUACAACCUGUUCGCACGGCGCAAGCCAGAGAUGGCAGGCCAGUUCCAGCAAAACAAGCUGCCAGAUUUCAUCCGGCGGCUAGAGGAAUCCCUGUACAAAAUGGCCGCCAGCAGGGACGAGUACGCCGAUUUGAACACGCUCGAGCUGCGGCUGCAGCAGGUGGUGUCGCACAUUGUGCGCAAGCCGGGCAGCAGCGGCGCGCGCGCCGCCACCAGCCAGAGCGACGGCGCGGGCGCGGGCGACAGCUUUGUGCAGCAGCUGAUGGGCGGGGGAGGGCCCAACAGCGCCGGUGGCGGCGCGGGUGAGGCGCUCACGCCCACCUCCCACAGCCGGCAGCAGGCGCAGCAGAUGGCGCUGCUCCAGCAGCAGCAGCAGCAGCAGCAAGCGCCGCAAGCGGCGGCGCCAAACGGCGGCAUGCCGUGGAUGGACGCGGGCCUAGGCGUCUUGCAGCAGCAGCCGCAGCAGCAGCAGGCAGGGCAGCAGCCGCCCGCGGCGCAGCAGCCCGCGGGCCAGCUCCAGCAGCAGCAACCGCUGGUGCAGGGCGGCGGCGGCAACCAGCUGGCGGUGGCGGGCGCGCCCGCGGGGCAGAGCACCGCGGAGAGCGUGCAGCGGGGCGGCACGGGCAACAGCGGCGGCGUCGACUUUGGCUCCCUGGCGGCGGCAGGUGGGGACGUGACGUCAGCCGUCACGCUGCCCCAGCAGCAGCAGCAGCAGCUGGCGCGGCCCGCGUCGCAGGGCCCGCAGCAGCAGCCCGGCCCCGGCGGCGCGCCAGACCUGGGCGGCGCCCUCACCGCGGCGCAGCUCAACGCAACCUUCAUGUCUAAUGGGGCGCCGGUGCUGCUGCGCGGCGCGGGCGGCGGCGGCGCGUCGGGCGCCGGCGCCUCGCUCCUGGGCGGCCUGGUGCCGGCAGGCAACGGCAUGCUGCCGCUGGGGGGCAGCGGCGUGGGCGCGGGGGCGCUGAUGCCCACCAGCCAGGCUGCGCUGCCAGCGCUGGGGGGCGGCGGCAUGGUACCGCAGAUCAAGGUGGAGGCUGGCGGCAGCAUGGUACCGCACAUUAAGCUGGAGUCGGGCGGCGGCGGGGGCAUGGUACCGGUAGGCGGGGGCUCUGCCGGCGGCAUGCUUGGCUUCACCGCCCAGCAGCAGCAGCAGCAACACCAGCAGCAGCAGCACCAGCAGCAGCGGCAGAUGGCGAUGCAGCAGCAUCAGGAGCUGGCUGGGCGGAUGAUGGGCGGCGGCUAUGACGGCAUGAUGAUGCCUACCUCCAAUGGCUACGGCACCUCGUACCUUCCGAUGGGCGGCGGCCAGGCGGGCAUGCAGGGCCAGCACGCCGCGCUCAUGCACCACCAGCAGGCAUCGCCCGCGAUGUUGCAGCAGCAGCAGCAGCAGCAGCAGCAGCAGCAGCACUAUCUGGAGUACGUCAAGGCGCGAGGCUUUGAGAUGAUGUUCAUCUGGGCCUGCCCGCCCCUCGCGGGCGACGACUACAUCCUGUACUGCCACCCCUUCAAGCAGAAGACGCCGCGCAGCGACAGGCUGAGGGAGUGGUACCACAUCAUGCUCAACAAGUUCGACUCGCUGCGCCGCGCCAAGCACUCCUCCAUGAUGGUCCUCUACCACCUGCACAACCCCACGGCCCCCGCCUUCACCUGCACCUGCAACGUGUGCAGCCGCGAGAUCCAGGGCGGCGACGGCUUCCGCUGCACCACCUGCCCCGACUGGGACAUCCACUCGCGCGACAUUGACGAGCGGCGCAACCGGCUGUCCCAGGAGCAGCUGGCGGCGCGCAACCAGGCCCUGCACCACACCAUGCAGGUGCUGCAGCACGCCAGCGAGUGCCUGGACACGCGCUGCCCCAGCACCAGCUGCGCGCGGGUCAAGGCGAUGUACCACCACGCCAUGAACUGCCCCGUGAAGCUGGCGGGAAACUGCCAGUACUGCAGGCGCAUGUGGAUGCUGCUGCAGAUGCACGCCACGCAGUGCACAGUGGCCAACUGCCAGGUGCCGCGCUGCACGCAGCUGCGCGCCAUGCGGCGCCAGCAGGCGACGCGGGCGGAGGACAAGCGGCGGGCGGCGUACCGCACGAUGCUGCGCCAGCAGGGCGGCGCGUGA